CGCUGGCGGAAGGGGCCGCGCAGGAAGCGGGGCCGGGGCUGCCCCGCGGCCACAACCGGGGCGAGGGCGGCGAGCGGAGCCAGGGCAGCAGAGAUGGGGCCCCGGCGGAAAACCGUGAAAGCAGUGAGCAGGGAAGGGGCAGAGUCUACCAAAGCUGAGGAGCCAAAAGAUUACAUGAACCAACUCUCCCAUGAAGUGCUUUGCCACAUCUUUAGGUACCUGCCCCUGCAGGACAUCAUGUGCAUGGAGUGCCUGUCGCGGAAGCUGAAGGAGGCGGUGACGCUGUACCUGCGCGUGGUCAAGGUGGUGGAUCUGUGUGCGGGGCACUGGUGGGAGUACAUGCCCACAGGUUUCACUGAUUCCAGCUUCCUAACCCUGCUGAGGAAGAUGCCAGACAUUGAACAACUUUAUGGUCUUCAUCCCAGGUAUCUGGAAAGGCGCCGAGUCCGUGGCCACGAAGCUUUCAGCAUUCCUGGAGUUUUAGAGGCUUUGCAGGCCUGUCCAAAUUUGCUGGGUGUUGAGACCUCUCAUUUAGAGCUGGUGGAAGCUAUUUGGACAUACAUGCCCCAAGUCCACAUUUUAGGGAAGUUUCGUAAUCGUAAUGGUGCUUUUCCAAUUCCUCCUGAGAACAAGCUGAAAAUUCCUAUAGGAGCUAAAAUUCAGACUUUGCACUUAGUAGGGGUGAAUGUCCCUGAGAUUCCUUGUAUCCCAAUGCUGAGGCACCUUUAUUUGAAGUGGGUGAGACUCACCAAACCACAGCCUUUUAAAGAUUUCCUUUGUAUCAGCUUACGUGCUUUUGUCAUGAGGAACUGUGCUGGACCCACAAACUCUCUGAAGUAUGUUCCCCUGGUGACAGGCCUGGCUUCUGCCAGGAAUCUGGAGCACUUGGAGCUGGUCCGUGUUCCAUUUCUUGGAGGACUUAUCCAGCACGUGGUAGAAGACAGCUGGAGAUCUGGUGGUUUUAGGAAUUUGCACACUAUAGUUCUGGGAGCUUGCAAGAAUGCACUUGAAGUGGAUCUUGGCUACCUCAUCAUAACUGCUGCACGAAGGUUGCACGAAGUGCGGAUCCAGCCUUCCUUGACCAAAGAUGGUGUUUUUUCUGCUUUGAAGAUGGCUGAACUGGAAUUCCCACAGUUUGAAACUCUUCACCUAGGCUACGUUGAUGAGUUUUUACUACAGUGUAAAAUGACGAGUACGGACUUGGUGAGGUACGGCUUGGCUGAUGUGGUUGAAAACCCAGGAAUUAUUACAGAUAUUGGUAUGAAAGCUGUAAAUGAAGUUUUUUCUUUCAUCAAGUAUCUGGUCAUUUACAACUGCCCACAUCUACAUAACCCAAAUAAUUGGAUCACAGACCACUCGAGGUGGACCCGCCUGGUUGACCUGACCCUGGUGAGGUGCCAUGCCAUCAAGCUGGACUCUUUCAGUCAGUUCAUCGAGUUACUGCCAAGCUUGGAGUUCAUUUCUCUGGACCAGAUGUUUAGAGAGCCUCCAAAGGGCUGUGCUCGUGUGGGCCUAAGUGCAGGCACAGGAAUUGGGGUCUCCUCUGCCCUGGUGAGCAAUCAGAACUCCAACAAUGACAAUGACAACAACAACAACCACCAGAACAACAACAACAACAACCCCAACGUGCACCACAACAACCACCAGCACCCCAACGAGCAGAACGAGGAGAACGAGCUGCACCAGGAGGGCCCCGCUGAGGAGCAGCAGAUUGGGGCUGAGGCCCUGAAUGAGAUGGAGGAGGUGGCACAGGAGGAAGGGGAGGCUGCUGGGCAGGGCCAGGAUGAGCUGCCAGCUCCCAGCCAGGCUGUUGUUCCCAUGGAGGUGGAUGAGGAGCAAGCAGGACCAAGUGGAAUUCAACCUGCUGUAAAGGCAGCUCCUAUUACCAUCCAUGAUUCAGACAGUGAGGAUGAGGAGGAAAACAUGGGCACUUCCAGGGCCUGCAUCUCCAGCAGCAUUGCACAGAAUUACUCAGAUGGGGAAGAGAAGAGCAGGGAUCCAGUGGAAACCAGGGAACCUUCAGUGAGCGGCAAAGGCAAGACCCCCCUGCGGAAGAGAUGCAGCACCAGCCACGGGGGCCAGGCCAAGCAGUUCCCUGUGGAGGAGAGCAGCUGUGAGAAGGGCUGCCAGGUGACCAGUGAGCAGAUCAAAGCUGACAUGAAAGCAGCCAGUGACAUGCCCGAGAGGAGCAAGAGCAAGGAUUCCUACGGCAGCUGCAGCAACACCCCGGCAUCCACGGCUACACCCAGCUCCUGCAGCGCUAGAGCUGAUUAAAUACGAGUUCUUCCCUGAGGCCACCAGGACUGAGGAGGACCUGAAGAAAUACCCCAAGUACCCCUGGGGCAGGGACAUCUACACCCUGGAAGGCAUUGUGGAUGGGGCUCCUUACUCCAUGAUCACUGACUUCCCCUGGCUGAGGUCCCUGAGGACAGCAGAGCCCAACAGCUACGCCAGAUACGACUUUGAGGAUGAUGAGAGGACCACCAUCUACGCCCCGAGGAGGAAGGGGCAGCUCUCAGCUGACAUCUGCAUGGAGACCAUCGGCGAGGAGAUCUCGGAGCUGCGCCAGGUCAGGCGGGGCGUGUUCCAGAGGGUCGUGGCCAUCUUCAUCCACUACUGCGACGUCAACGGGGAGCCCGUGGAGGAUGACUACAUCUGAGGGGUGUCCCCAGCCUGCCCUCCCUCCCCCUGGCACUGCUGGCCAAGAAAAAGCAGGAUUUCUUUUUUCCAAAUGCAAAGCAUUUCCCACCGAGGCGCCCUCGGCUCUCCCCGUAGCCAGGAGGAUGUAGUUAAAUGUAAAAUGGAAAGUACAAAUUGUAUACUAAGAGUUGUACAUAGAGGAAACAAAAAAAAAACAAAAACAAAACUUCCUAAUACUGAGACUUUAUUUCAUAUGUUUAUACAAUUUAAUUUAAGUUCCAUUUUAAUGAAGGCCAAUAAUCAGGAAAGGGGAAGAAGAUUUGAACUUUUCAACCCAUACAAUUCAUAGCAGUAUUUUUUUUCCUUAUAAACAACAAUUCCAUUUGCUGUGUUCAAAAGAGUCAUCAGAGUCUCUUUUAAUCUGUGCCUUUUUCUUGAGCAUUUAAGAGUCCAGUCUGAGUAAACCUGGUGAGCACAAUCUUGGUGUCUUGUGUGCAUCUUUGGAAGGGUCAGAAUAUUCUCCAGCUGUUGCAAAGAAGGCCAGAAGCAGGAAAAAAAAAUAGAGAAUUUGGUGAUCUGUGGUAGUUUCUAGAGAUAUUCAACCCAUUUUUUGGGGGAAAGGAAGCCCCCGUGUUUAGCACCUUGGAAGCAGAAUGUUCUCAAGCAUUUUGUACUGUUAGAUUUCAUUUUCUCGGUGUAUUUGACUCUGUACUAUGGAAAUCAAGUCGCUGAUUGUUGGUUCCACCCUCGUGAGCAUCCCUGUGCCCGUUGUGGCUGGCUGGGAGCUGAGCUGUCCCUGCAGGCAGAGCAGGGGCUGUGGGGGUGCCUGGUGUGUGUGACACAGCCAGGAGCUCUGGGCUCUGCUCCCUCCUGAACAUUUCCCACUGGGCAGUAAAAACUGCUGCUCUUUGCCCCAGGCGUGUGUGUGUGGUGCAUUGAAAGGUGCUCCCAGUGCCCACAGGUGUUUGGUGGGGAUUUGCUGCCAGUGGGGUGUGAAAUAAUGCACAUUUUGGUGUGGCACUCCCAGGGUGCCAGACCUUGCAGCUCUGGCCUGGUCUCUCAUCCCUGCUGGUUUAAAAUUGGUGUUACCAGCCUAGAAAAUGACACUUUCUGACGUAAAAGCUGUACAGUUUAAACCAUUUUAUCCAGUUUUGCUCAUCAUCCUGAUGGUGAUUUUCUGAAUUUGGGGUAAAUGUGGCUAAUGGGGAUUUCUGUGAUGUUUAGCUCUGUAAAACUGAGGUGAAGCUGCUCCACACAGCCAAGGCAGUGCUGGUUUUCUCAGGCUCACUGUGGGAAUUCUUGGGAUAAUGUGGAUCUAGAAAUAUGUGGGAUAAGAGGGGGAGAAUGGUGCCUAAUGGGAGCAUUUCCUCAGCCCUGCUCUCUGCUGACUGGAGGUGGAGCACUAAACACCAGAGAAUAAUGUGAAUGUUACUAAAUUUGCUUUAAUGCAGGAUCACAGUCAAUGGUUUAUUAUAACUCUUCUAUUUAAUUAACCAUAGAUCAUGUAUUCAGUGAUAUUCAGCCAAAACAAUUGUGACCCUUUCUAGAAGUGUUUCAAGUCCUCUGAGUCAUUGAUUCUGUCAGAUUUACCAUUUUAGUCCAGAAAAUGUUACUGAGUUUCUGGAGAACUGCACCAGUCUCCAGCUGGUAUCUCCUCACUGCAGCCUUUUGCAGAAGUAUUUACACAAAUAAAGUGUUUGUUUAUAUUCAGUA